UUCUCUACUCUAAACCUUUCGUCGAAAAGAAAAUCCAUCGAUUCAAAUUUUUUGUUUUUAAAAAAUUUAUUUUCCCUUGAAGAACAUUAUUGUUAAGAACCCAAAAGACAUUGCUGAAGGAGGAAACAUAAGAAGAUGGAUACUUUGUGUUUGAAUACGGGCAUACACGGCGUCGUUCCGCCAAUCAUCGGGUCUAGCGGUUGCGGCGGAGUGUUCGAGAUCCGAGCAAGCUCCGUCGGGCAAUCCACGACGGAUAAACCGGCGACACCGUCCCAAAAAACAGGGCCAUUGAGGUUCUCGUUCAAGUACCCAUUGACGCCUUUAUGGUCCGAAGCCCGACAGCGGAGCGGGCUGGCUGUCGACGACGCCGUUUUGGCGGAUUCCGGUGACUCUGGGAGGCCUGACGUGGACGGGAAGGGGAAGAACAACGCGUCGGUGGAGGCAGAGGAACAAAAAUGGAAUUGGGUUUUGAAGAUGAUGCACGUCCAGUCUACGUGGAAGGACGGCGAGAAGAAAAACAACGUCGAUGAGGAAGAACAAGAAGAGGAAAUAGACGGCGCCUUAACGUGCGUCGAUGAUGAGGGAUGUAAUGAAUGCUCAAGUGAUGAUGAUGAUGAUGACGACGACGACGAUGAUGAGAAUAAAUUUCAGUUUGAUAGAGAAUCGUUUUCGAGAUUGCUGAAAACGGUUUCCUUAAACGAAGCGAAACUCUAUGCCCAGUUGUCGUAUUUGGGUAACUUGGCUUAUUCAAUCUCGAAAAUCAAGCCGGCGAAUCUCUUGAAGUAUCACGGCCUGAGAUUUGUAACUUCAUCGGUUGAGAAAAGAGGAGUUGCACUGAAAACUGAGAAAAUGGAGGUUUCAGCUGAGACCCAACAAGACAAGGCUGCGUCAAGGGAGGAAGACGCUGAAUCCAACGAACAGGACAACACAGGUUACAGAAUCAAUGUUGCUGCUGCAGCAUCGUACUUGAAGACUCAGACAAAGGGCAUUCUCCCUUUGAAAUCUUCAGACAGAAAGAGUUCAACCCUAAACAGUGAAAAUGCUCAAAGUUUGGGAAAUAUGGAUCUACUGGAUCAUGGUGUAGCUUCUCUAAUGACCACAACCAACUCAGUGACUGCCGUUGUGGCUGCCGAGGAAGACGUGAAACAUGCAGUUGCAGAUGAUUUGAAAUCAAACCAUUCGUCGCCCUGUGACUGGUUUAUAUGCGACGAUGAUCACAGUCACACGAGAUUCUUCGUGAUUCAGGGUUCUGAAUCGUUGGCCUCGUGGCAGGCAAACUUACUGAUUGAGCCUAUCGAAUUCGAGGGGUUUGACGUCCUCGUCCACAGGGGCAUAUACGAGGCCGCGAAAGGGAUGUAUGAGCAAAUGUUACCCGACAUCCGAGCUCAUUUCAAAUCCCAUGGAAACCGUUCUAAAUUCCGUUUCACCGGCCAUUCUUUGGGCGGAAGCUUGUCGCUUUUACUGAACCUCAUGUUGUUUAUUCGAGGAGAAGUACCGCCGGCUUCCCUACUCCCCGUUAUAACGUUCGGUGCACCGUUCAUAAUGUGUGGAGGUGAUCGUCUUCUCGGUAAACUCGGGCUGCCUAAGAGCUACGUUCAGGCUAUCACACUGCACCGAGACAUUGUUCCGAGGGUGUUUUCUUGUAGCAUUCCAGAACAUGUCACUAAGCUCAUGAAAGCCGUCAAUGGAAACUUCCGGAAUCUUCCUUGCCUUAACAAACAGAGCGUGUUGUAUGUCCCGACGGGCGAGUUCUUGAUUCUACAACCGGACGAGAAGUUCUCUCCCGGACACGACCUCCUCCCUCCUGGAAGCGGUCUAUAUGUCCUAAAGAGCGAGUUUUCGGACACGGAAAUCGCGGAGGAACAGCUAAGAUCCGCACAAAUGGUCUUCCUAAACACUCCACACCCCCUGGAGAUCCUCAGCGACAAAUCCGCAUACGGGUCGCGAGGAACCGUCCACCGUGACCACGACAUGAACUCUUACCUCAAAUCCUUGAAGAGAGUCAUAAGGAAAGAAGUGAACCGUGUGAGGAAGGCGAAGAGAGAGCAGAGACGCAGUCUCUGGUGGCCAAUCCUGGUGUUUCGCGACCGAGUCAACUCGGGGAUAAGGCAGCAGAUGAACGGUCAGGAUUUCUCUGGGAUGGUGAAGGCUGGGAGAGAAUCGGUGGCACGGUUCAAUAGACUCGUGCCGUCUCAUCAUAUGCAUUUGGUCACCGCCCUCCUUUUUCGGGCCAAGUCGACGGUUCUCGGUAUGUGUGUAAAAUGGACGGACCGGACCGGCUCGACCCGGUAAGAUUUUGGGUUUAUAUUUGAGGGCCUGAACCCUCCAUAGGGUGUCUAGCGGGUCAGU